AUGAACCGGGACAGAGCGGUGCCGGGGCCCGGAGCGGACGGGGUCCAGACCGUGAUCAGCCGGGACAGAGCCGCAGCAGGGCCCGUGGUGGCGGACUCGGUCCAGCCCCUGGUGAGCCGGGACAGAGCGGUACCGGCGCCCGGCGGCGGGGACGCGGGGGUCCAGACUGUGGUGGGCCCGGACAGCGACAGAGACAUGCUGGACGGAGGGGGAGCCGCGGGGGAGAAGCGGCUCUUUUCCAGCGCCGUGGCGGGAGGAAGAGACGCUCAGGCCGGGGAGAACCACUCGGAACCUCCGCCGACGAACCCGGUUCUAGUUCCGCCACAGCAGGGCCCUACCGGGCACCGGACCACCUCUUUCUCCGUGCUGGACAUCCUGGACCCCAACAAGUUCACGAGCAACCGGAGACCGCAGCAGCAGCACGGGAGCCACCGGGCGGAGAGCGCGUACGGAGCGGAGAACCGGAGAGGAGGCGCCGGGGAGCGGGAGCCCGGCCUGGAGCCCAGCAAGGGCUGCUACGGCGCGGAGGAAUACCAGAGCAAGGAAGGCUUUGUGUACAGAAGCCAGGAUGACGAUGACUACCACAGAUCCGGGACCCCAGACUCCGAGGCCCCAGACGGGCCCUACAGCAGCGAGGAGAGCAGCUCCGCUCUGCCCAGCAACGGAGACAGAGACCUGGGCCAACACAGCCACCAGGACCCCGGCAGGGACACCAAGAGCCCCGGAGGAGGCUCCACGGGCCAGAUCACAGACGGCCAGACCAACGGGGGCGGGGGCGCCCAGGGGAAACCCAAGAGGAAGCGCUCCGGCUCGGACUCCAAGUCGGGGAAGCCCCGCAGGGCCCGGACUGCCUUCACCUACGAGCAGCUGGUGGCGCUGGAGAACAAGUUCAAGUCCACGCGCUACCUGUCGGUGUGCGAGCGCCUCAACCUGGCGCUGUCGCUCUCCCUCACCGAGACCCAGGUCAAGAUCUGGUUCCAGAACCGCCGGACCAAGUGGAAGAAACAGAACCCGGGGGCCGACACCUCCGCCCCCACCGGCGCGGGAGGAGCAGGAGGAGGAGGUGGUGGAGGACCAGGAGGUCUGGGGGGCCUCAGCCCCCUCAGCCCGUCUCCACCCAUCAACGGGCACCUGGCCAUGCACGCCGGCUACGCCAGCCACCACCACGGCCCCACCGGCAGCCUGGUGCAGCUGCCCUUCCUCACCGCCAGCCACGUGCUGUCGCCCUUCAUGCUGGGGACGCAGAGCUACGCCGCCCCCGCCUUCUACAGCACACACCUGUAG